GAGGUGUAACGACAAUGGAGCCGUUUCUGAAGAAAUUCUUCCCAUCUGUUCUGGAGAAGAUGGGGGAUGCGAAGCAGAAUCAAUACUGCAUAUUCGACAGCCAAAUCCUGACAGCAUUUACAUCCUCAUUGUAUGUAUCUGGCUUGCUGUCGUCCCUCCUAGCCGGCCGUGUCACCACCGCUACAGGGCGCAAAGGCAUUUUAAUCAUUGGCGGCCUCAUCUUCUUGGUCGGCACAGCCAUUAAUGCCGCUGCUAUCAACGUCGAAAUGCUCAUUUUGGGCCGCCUCCUUCUCGGAGUUGGCAUUGGUUUCACAAAUCAGGCUGCUCCAAUAUACCUCUCAGAAAUGGCCCCGCCCAAAUGGCGCGGCGCGUUGAAUUCAGCCUUCCAAUUAUUCAUCGGCGUUGGGGUAGUAUCAGCCACAGUCGUCAACUACUUCGCGGCUCAAGUCGGAGAAAUGGGCUGGCGAAUCGCUUUGGGCUGCGCCGCCCUGCCCGCCAUAAUCAUGACGGUCGGCGCGCUGUUCAUCCCUGACACGCCGAGUAGUCUCAUUCAACGGGGCCUAGUGCAGGAAGCCCGACAGUCGCUGAGCCAAGUCCGCAGUUGCGACUCAGACACCGAAGCCGAGCUGAAUGAGCUCAUCAGCCACAGCCAAGCCAUCAAAUCCGCCGGGAGCGAGCCAUACAAGGCCAUAUUCCAAAGGCGGUACCGGCCGCACCUGGUGCUGACGGUGGCAAUCCCGUCAUUUCAGCAGCUGACGGGGAUCAACGUCGUGGCGUUCUACGCGCCCGUUCUGUUCCGCUCGAUUGGGUUCGGCAGUGACAAGGCUUUGCUCGGAGCCAUCAUACUCGGCGUGGUGAAUUUAUCUUCUACGCUUGUCUCUACUUUUGCCGUCGAUAGGUUUGGACGCAGAUUCUUGUUCUUGGAAGCUGGGGUCCAGAUGUUUCUUUGUCAGGUAGCUUUGGCAUGGGUACUGGGAGUGGAGCUAGGGACUGCAGGAACCAACUCAUUUUCAAAGGGCUCAGCCCUUGCGGUACUACUCCUAAUGUGUUGCCUCUCCGCCGCAUUUGGGUGGUCGUGGGGCCCGCUAACGUGGCUGGUGCCGAGCGAAAUCUUACCAUUGGAAGUCCGGCCGGUGGGGCAAGGGAUAUCCAUUGCCUGCAAUUUUGUGCUGACGUUCAUUCUGGCUCAGGUAUUCUUGACCAUCUUAUGUCAAUUGAAAUUUGGCGUCUUCUUAUUCUACGCUGCGUGGGUCCUCCUUAUGACCAUUUUCGUGGCGCUCUUCGUACCGGAGACCAAGGGGAUUCGUUUGGAUACCAUGGAUGCAAUCUGGCAUAAUCAUUGGUUUUGGCAUCGAUUCGUCGGAUUUGAAAAGAUCCGCCCAUGAAUUGCUUUGUUUCAACUGUACGUUGUAACACUUUCCUUUUUUGUAUUCCUAAUUUGAUCAUAGGUGUCAUCUGUACACAAAAUUCAUUGCUUCAUUAGACUAUCUAUUUUUUACUUCCUGUAUCAGUGGGUUAAAUCCCGGAUUAUCUUCUUCUUAAGGUGUAAAUUAUAUAUAUAUACACGUCUCUUUGUUUUUGUUAAUU